GCAUCUCGUGGGAAAAAAAAAACCGAUUUAAAAACGGUUGAAAACAUCUCUCCAAACGAAUUCAACCAUGGACACCAAACCUAACCCCAGUUCUAUGCGAGUCCUGAUUCGUCCACCUGCUUCUCCUCAACCUUCACCGUCACCGUCCUCUCACUCUCCUUCUCCUCCACCACCUCCGCCACCACGUCCGCCUCCAUCUUCUUCUCUCCCCUCCGCAACCCCCACGCAACCCCCUCUCCCUCAACUCCCCUCCGGCGUUGUUGUCGUCGGAUUCAUCGGCCGACGCCAUACCGAUGUUUCUCAGCUCAUCAAUCGAAUCCUCGACUCCAAUGUCUUCGGUUCAGGCCGCAGCGAUACGCCUCUUGGCAUUUCGCCCGACGAGAAUGGGGAGGUCACUGAUGAGGCUAAGCGCUGGUUCAGUAAUCGUAGGAUUAGUUAUUAUCAUGAUAAACCCAGGAAUUUGCUCUUUCUUCAAAUGUGUUCCACAAACUGCCCGGCUAAGUGUUCCUAUUCCUGUUUCGGUUCCGGGUUCGAUUCUGUUGUUGAAGAACAGGACUUUGACGACCUUCAGGGAAUGCUUUUCAUGUUCACUGUGUGCCAUGUAAUUGUGUACAUCCAAGAGGGGUCAAGGUUUGAUACACAGGUUUUGAAAAUCUUACGAGUGCUUCAGUCUGCCAAACAUGCUUUGAUGCCUUUUCUGAAAUCACACAGUGUAUUGCCUUCAGUUAAUAGGCCUUCGUCAUCAUCUUCUCGUCCUCCUACACCAGCAACAUCCUCUAAAAGUCCUUCCCCACGAAGAGGUAGUGGCAUCUCAAGCCGAAACAGUUCUAUAUCUGUCAUGUCAAACUUGGGUUCAUAUGCCGCCCUAUUUCCUGGGCAGUGCACUCCUGUUAUGCUCUUUGCUUUUGUUGAUGAUUUCUCAGAUAUGGUGAAUUCCAGUGCUGUGGCUGAGGAGUCAAAUGAAAUUUCCUCUAGUCAGUCAGGUAUAAACAGCUUGGCCAGAUCAAAUUUGUCAGUGAAGGGUUCUAGUUCAGUUGUUGUGCUCUCUCGCCCUGUAAAUAGAAGUGAAGGUGGUUUACAUAAGAAACUGCAAUCCUCCAUUGAAUCUCAGAUACGAUUUUUGAUAAAAAAAUGUCGGACACUUUCAGGUUCCGAAAUCAGUAGUCAUGUAGGGUCCAGAAGUGGUGCUAUAAAUGGUGUAGCCCCAUUACUGACCCUUGAUGCAUCCAAAGCUGUUGUGCUUUUAGACAGUUCUGGCAUCUUGAGGGGCGAGUCCCUUGAUUUCGCCACAGGCCUUGUAGAAGAUGUUUUGAGUGGGGAGGCAACACCAGAUGCUUUGUUGCUUGAAAGUCAUAGUCAAAGUGGAAAUAAGGACGACAUUAUGACGUUAAAGGAGUUUAUAGUUAGGCAGGCUGACAUUUUAAGAGGAAAAGGGGGAUUGGUUGCAAAUGCAAAUGGUGGUUCAGCAGCAGGUGUUGGCAUGGUUGCCGUUGCAGCUGCUGCGGCAGCUGCAGCAUCUGCUGCUUCUGGAAGAGCAACUAGUGUUCCUGAGCUCCCAAGCUUGGAGAUGUGGUUGUCUUCCAGCCAGCUUAUUCUAAAAGGACUUUUGUCAGCAAAGCCCGGUUCUGUUGAUGAAACUGACAUUAUCAGAAAGAAAUUCCGGCAACGGAAUGGUGUCCCGCCUCUUGUUGAAGGGGUUUCUCCUAAAGGUGCUGAUUCACCUGGUAAUGCAGUGUCUCUGUUGGAGAGUGGGAAGGGGGUCAACAGAAAAUUUUCUGCUUCAUGGUGCCAAAAAUCCCUACCAGUUGCUGUGGAGGUCUAUUUGAAAGACUUGCCUCCCUGUUAUCCAACAUCACAGCAUGAAGCCCAAUUGAAAAAGGCUAUGUAUGCAUUCCGCUCGAUGGUCAAGGGUCCUUCUGUUCAAGAAUAUAGGAAAAAAUUGGAGGACGAAUGCAUGUCAAUCUGGAAGUCUGGCCGGCAAUUAUGUGAUGCUAUUAGUUUGACUGGAAAACCUUGCAUGCACCAGAGACAUGAUGUCAAGAAUGAUGGUAUUCCUUCAGAUGCCAUGAGCAAGGAACAUAGCAGUGGAUAUGCAUUCCUUCAUGCUUGUGCUUGUGGCCGCUCUCGACAAUUGCGUGCUGACCCUUUUGAUUUUGAAUCUGCGAAUUUCAAAUUUAAUAUUUUUUCUGAUUGUGAUAAGCUUCUUCCUAUGCUGCAACUGCCAAAAGUUAGUGACAAUAUGUCUAUACAGCCUUCAUCAUGGACUGUGGUUCGCCUUGGAGGUGCAAAGUACUACGAUCCUUCUAAAGGUUUACUUCAAGCUGGAUUUUCUUACAAUCAAAAGUUCCUUUUAAAAUGGACUAUUGUUCUUCAGAAUGACAAGCAUUCAAAUGUUUCAUUCGCUAAUGCUCUGAGGCAAGGGUCCUUCCGCAAUAAACCAGAUUUAAAACUUGAGUCAACUGCAGUCAAGGAUGCCAAGAAAAGCAGUACAACACUGGUAGAGCCAGGUGAAACACAAAGUGGAGGGGAAGGCAAUGGGAAGGCUGUGAAUGGUUCUAUAUCUGAUCAACGAAAAAUCAGUUUUGGUAGAGGUCUUCCAAUUACCACAAUGAAGAAAGCUUUUGCUGAGGUUGUUGCUGGAUCAACAUCCUCAAAUUCUGCAUUUCCUCCUUUACAGCCAAAGGCUCAAUUUCCAUCUGGUCCAGGAAAAGGUGGUAAGAAGAUUGCUGUAAGAGUUGCAAGUACAGAGCAAAUUAACAUUUCUGCUAGUGAUUCUCAAAGAUCUGAAAAAUCUGAAGAGUUUAUUUCUGCUGGAGGAGAAAACAAAAAUGGAUUGAACAAUGUUGCCCAUAUUGAUGGUAAUCCUUUCUUGCAUAUUGGUAGCAAUGUAGUUCCAUUGAAUGUCGAUGAUGGUAAAAAUGCUUCCGAUAUGAAUAAUGCUAAUGAGGGAAAGACUAUGUUUGAUCCAUCAGUCAAGCAUUUUGUAGUUUAUGUUGGUUUUGAGCAUGAAUGUCCUCGUGGCCACCGUUUUAUAUUAUCUCCAGAUAUUUUGAACCAACUGGGGCAACCAUACUCUUUGCCAGAAGGAUCUCAGGUUACUCGUCCAAUGGAACAUGUUAACCGUAAGAAUAGGGGUUCCUUGAAAUCAACGAAGAGUGAAUUUCAUGGUAAAGCUCAUCGAUCGCCGAACGGUAACUCUACAGUCAUGCACAAGGUUAGCAGCUUAGAAAGGUCAGACGAAGUUUUGGUUAACAGUAGCGCCACUGUGAAUGGAAUAUCAGCGUCUAAACUGGCGGAACAAACACCUCUUGAUUCAUCAAUCUCACCUAAUUCUGUCACAGAUUCUCAACAGAGUCACCAUUCUCUAAAUGUUGAGAAUAAUGGGCCGGCUUUUUCGUUGCUAAGCAGAAAUUUACCACUAUACCUUAAUUGCCCACAUUGCAGGGCAUCGAAGAAUAAGAAGGAUGGGCAAAAUUUAAAGUUUGCUGGCACAAUAUCUCAGUUACAGAGGAUUUUUGUGGUUACACCCCCGUUUCCUAUUGUAUUAGCAACCAACCCUGUUGUGCAAUUCGAGGAGCCCCAUCAACUUGAAGGUGUUUCAAGCCAUGAACAAAAGCUACAAUUCAGCCUUGGAUGUCAAGUUAUAUUGCCUCCAGAGAGUUUUGUCUCAAUCAGACUCCCCUUUGUCUAUGGCUUGAAAGUCAAAGAGAAGGGAUUGGUUCCUCUUAAUCCAUCUGAACAUCAACCUGAGUUGACUGCCAGAAUCAUGCAAGGGACAGCACUGCAGGCCAUUUGCAGAGGCAGCAGUCCUGAAUAACAGCUUUGCAGAUACAUUCACUUAUCUGGGUAAAGCCAUUGAUCCGACUAAAUCAGAACUUGGGAGCACACGAGACUGUAACUGUUACCAGACUGGGGUUGUCCAAGGAAGGUGCAGCUUUUGUGUUCAGAACCUGGGCUGCUUAACCCGAUAGAUGCAGUCAACCUGGGCUCAUAGAAGCUUGUUACCAGUUCAAAUUCUGGGUUUUAACAGGCAAUUGAAAACCAAAGAUCUUCAGCAAACAGCUGCCAGAUAUGAAAUCACAAAGUUCUCCCAUUUUGGUGGUGUUUGUUUGGGAGUUACUUCAAAACUUGUGCCCUAAUGCUGAAGAACCUCAGGGGGGUUAGCAUUGGCAUGUAUUUUAUCCAGAAAAUCGAAGCAGAAAACUGUGAUACUGUUGAAAAACACCUGAUCAACUUGAUGGUUGGAGGAUUGCAGUGGGUUUACAUGUUGGAUCACUUGGAGGGAAGCAUCCUACAAACAAGGUGGCAACUUAAUGAGAACAGGUUGAACAUAUUGGAGUGAUAUUUUGUAAAUGUAAGUCUCCAUCAUUUAUGGAGUAUAUUAUUAUGCUAUACUCCUCGGGGUAUCAUAAUAGACACUCCUGUUUAUACUACCUACAGGCUACAGAACCAUUCCUGGAUGUAUCUAUGUUCCGUGCUGCUAUUCUGUUUUGCCAACGAGGAACAACUCUUUUAACUUGUAAGGCCCACUGAUUUUUUUCUGUUUAACCCUGCCUCGUCUCUGUGUAGUUUUGUUCAUUUUUGGGCGCCUAUUUAUUCUUUUUGUUCAUUCUUGUUUUUAUAAAUAGUUUGUUCCAAAUACUAUUAUGUCACUGACUCUUUAAGGGUACAUGUUGAUUAUCUGGAAAAGGCUACAUGUACACCUAAUGUACAAGAUUCUCUUGUACAA